CCGAAGGGGCGUCUGCGGCUCUCCGCCGCCCCCAGCCCUGCCUCUCCCGCUGCUCUGCCAUGGCAAUGACAGGCUCAACACCUUGCUCAUCCAUGAGUAACCACACAAAGGAAAGGGUGACAAUGACCAAAGUGACACUGGAGAAUUUUUAUAGCAACCUUAUCGCUCAACAUGAAGAACGAGAAAUGAGACAAAAGAAAUUAGAAAAGGUGAUGGAAGAAGAAGGCCUAAAAGAUGAGGAGAAAUGACUCAGAAGAUCAGCACAUGCUCGGAAGGAAACAGGGUUUCUUCCUUUGAAGAGAACAAGACUUGGAUUGGAAGAUUUUGAGUCCUUAAAAGUCAUAGGUAGAGGAGCAUUUGGUGAGGUACAGCUUGUUCAGAAGAAAGAUACAGGGCAUGUGUAUGCAAUGAAAAUACUCCGUAAAGCAGAUAUGCUUGAAAAAGAGCAGGUUGGCCACAUUCGUGCGGAGUGUGACAUUCUAGUGGAGGCAGACAGUUUGUGGGUUGUGAAAAUGUUCUAUAGUUUUCAGGAUAAGCUAAACCUCUACCUAAUCAUGGAGUUCCUGCCUGGAGGGGACAUGAUGACCUUGUUGAUGAAAAAAGACACUCUGACAGAAGAAGAGACUCAGUUUUAUAUAGCAGAAACAGUAUUAGCCAUAGACUCUAUUCACCAACUUGGAUUCAUCCACAGAGACAUCAAACCAGACAACCUUCUUUUGGACAGCAAGGGCCAUGUGAAACUUUCUGACUUUGGUCUUUGCACAGGACUGAAAAAAGCACACAGGACAGAAUUUUAUAGGAAUCUGAACCACAGCCUCCCCAGUGAUUUCACAUUCCAGAACAUGAAUUCCAAAAGGAAAGCAGAAACCUGGAAAAGAAAUAGACGUCAGCUAGCCUUCUCCACAGUAGGCACUCCUGACUACAUUGCUCCUGAGGUGUUCAUGCAGACCGGGUACAACAAGCUCUGUGAUUGGUGGUUGCUUGGGGUGAUCACGUAUGAGAUGCUCAUCGGCUACCCACCUUUCUGUUCUGAGACCCCUCAAGAGACAUAUAAGAAGGUGAUGAACUGGAAAGAAACUUUGACUUUUCCUCCAGAAGUUCCCAUCUCUGAGAAAGCCAAGGAUCUAAUUUUGAGAUUCUGCUGUGAAUGGGAACAUAGAAUUGGAGCUCCUGGAGUUGAGGAAAUCAAAAGUAACUCUUUUUUUGAAGGUGUUGACUGGGAACAUAUCAGAGAGAGACCUGCUGCAAUAUCUAUUGAAAUCAAAAGCAUUGAUGAUACCUCAAACUUCUAUGAGUUUCCAGAGUCUGAUAUUCUUAAGCCAACAGUGGCCACAAGUAAUCACCCUGAGACUGAUUACAAGAACAAAGACUGGGUCUUCAUCAAUUACACAUACAAGCACUUUGAGGGUCUGACUGCAAGUGGGGCAAUACCUUCCUACAGGAAUGCAGCAAAAUAGUACUCUUGCCACAGAAUCCUACAUGGAGCAGAGUUCUUUGUACAACAUCAUGCUUUUCCUCUCACACUCUUGAAGAGCUUCUGAGAAGUUGAUGUAACUCACCAAUAUGUCAUAGUAAAGUCUCCUGAAAUGUGAUAAGAGGAUUUUCUUCCAUAAUCCGUCUGAAAACUUGUAAACAAAGACAAC